AUGUCGGCUGAGGAAGUUGUGGCUGCGGUUGAGGUACCCAAGGAGUUGGGUGAGAUGGAAGCUCUCAAGGAAGUUCUCAAGAAGGCGCUCAUCCACGAUGGCCUCAAGCGCGGUUUGCACGAGGCAGCCAAAGCUCUGGACUCUCGUCGUGCCCGCCUUUGCUGCCUGGCUCAGGACUGCGACGAACCUAGCUACAGCAAGCUUGUUCGCGCCUUGUGCGAAGAGCAUGGCGUGAACCUCAUUCUUGUACCAUCGGGAAAGCAACUUGGCGAGUGGUGUGGUCUUUGCAAGAUUGACGCUCUCGGGGAAGCCCGUAAGGUUGUAUCCACGUCGUGUGCUGUCAUCACGGAUUUUGGUGAGGAGACUCACGCUCUUAACGUACUUCUGGACUACCUUAAACGCCAGGGUGAGAACUAA